AUGGAGUCAAGCAUGGAUCCAUCAACCACAAAGGCCAUCGACCGGGCCGAACAUGGUCAGCCUGACAAAGAAGCACCGCUGCGCUCGGAAGAUUGCCAACCAGGUAUGCAAUCCGUGCGUCAUCUGAGAACUGCCAUGGGCUCGGGAUCAAGGCAGGAAGCAUACCGGGAUCCAGCCAGUGAUGUCUUACAUCUAGCUGUCACCGCUAUAAGCUUCAAGGCCCGGUGCCAGUUGAUGGGUGUGUAUAUACCCCGCAUCCUGCAGCUAGCCUGCUCCGGACCUGCCCGGCCGCAUGCUGCUCAUCUGCCUGGCAUGUUACUCGUCCAGUCAUGCCGGCCAGUCAUCCAGGGUGUGAGAGAGGUCAUAGUCCGUGCCAGGACAUAUGGCGCGGAGGCUAUCAUGGCUAUCUAUUUCGAUGACGCCGCUGUGUUCUGCCCAAAGAUGUAG